ACAAGCUACCAAGUGCUGUGGCCUUGAUUCGAUUAUUGGAUUUCGUAGUGGUUGCGGAAUAGACAGACCUCGGCUAGUCUUGUAUUCUACUCCGUACCGCUUGUCACAAAACCCAGAUUCACAUGCCGCAGUUCCGCUUGUCUUGACGCUUCAAUUGACAAGCAUCCGAUACAUCACCUUUGACAUUAGCUCAUGUCCGAUAUAGUACGCAUUGGCUCCUCAAUACGGUCAUGAAUCCCACGCGUACACCUGCUGUGUGGGAGGCUUCAAUCCAGUCUUCAGGCAAAGAGGCAGUUCCUCCGCCUGGAGUCGAGCAGGAGAAGUGGGACACUGAGCUCUUUGAAAGACUCAGUUCCUAUCCAUUCGAGGACGAUCAUGAGUUUGCACACGGGCUCUCGAUAAUUCUCGGGCACCCUGAGAUACCAGCGUCAAGGGCGGAGAUUGACCGGAACGAUGACGUUACGUUACAGGCUAAAUGUUUCUACUUCUCGAGAAAAGAGAAACUCCCGACUCCCGUGAACGUCGGAAAUUAUCAACUAUGGUUACAAGCCAGACCAGUAGCAGCUGAAGCUGCUGGUCCUGUAAACCAGCAGCAACUCAACAAUGUGGUAUCUGAAGACCAUGCAAAUGCGCCGUUGAAGCAAGCAGAACCCGCGUAUCCCUCCUCAUUCGCUCAUAUAGUCGAACUCAUUACGACCGGGCAACCCAUACCUGGAAUUCAGCAGAUCCCAGACACUAUACUUGCUGGCCAAGAUACUCCAAGUGCCAGGUCGAGGAGACGGAAGCCGUGGGAGCUGGAAAGCGGCGAGCAUGUUAGCAGAUGAAUGCCGACUACGGGCUGGUUUUCAAAACCGUACUCAACCAGCCAAGUUGAUUCCUUGCCUUUAGUGGAUGACCGAUUGGGCCCUCAUCAGUAUGUGAGAUCAGUAGUCCGAUAUGUCAUAUUAGUUCAUAGGUAACAAUAAGAGCUUCUGCAAAGUAGGUAGUAAAGUGGCAAUAAUUCAUGAUUUGUCGU